AUGACAGACCCCACAAUCCCGCCAACGGACGUCAGCACAAAAAGUCCCCAGGGGUUUGUUCUGCAUGUGCUCUGUCCCUCGCUGCCGCCGCCGAAUCGCUUUACUUUCAAGGACCUCACUCCCUCUACCACGGUCGCAGGCCUGAAAACCCACAUCUCGCAGUUUGUGCCAAAUCACCCCGCUCCGGAGACUCAGCGGUUGAUUUAUCGGGGGAAACCGUUGGCCAAUGAUGGCGUGUCGCUGCAGAGCGUGCUAGACUUAACACCAGGAUCCGAGUACUCCAUGCAUCUCGUUCUUCCCCCCGCUCCCACUCAACCACUGCCAACUGGAGUGAACACCCAGCCUCCUUUCCUUCCUGGCCGAUUGGCGCCGGCGAACUAUACGCAAACCACCCAGGAACUGAGAUACCGAGGCUCAACGACUCCUGCAGCGCAGAAUGAAACAGAGAUUGGUCAGACUAUUCGACAAAACAUCGAAGAGAUCCGUCGACAGAUUGAACUACGAAGAGGUACAACAUCGUCACGCGACGUUGCAUGGCAGCAGACGACCCACAGCCUACCGACUCCUCCAGUUCAGUUGCCCAUGUCAAAUCCAGUACCGCUCAGUCCUCAACUACCCGACGAGUCGAGGCUGCGCCUGCACCUCAUCCAGCCGCAGAUCACGUUAUGCGAGGACCAACUCAAUCGAGGGAUUGCGCCUCCUAUCGAUCACAUCAUUCGACUACGAUCGCAGUUGCUCCAGAUCCUCGACGAACAGUAUCGAAACCCCCAUUCUGAACGGGAUAGUUCCAUUGAGUCCAUGCUAACUCGGGUCUUCAACAUCUACACUCGUGCCGACCAGCUGCGGGUCAUGCAGUCGAGAUUCCCAUCGGCAACUCUGCAACGGCCGAGCCCCGCUACCACUCCGGGAAAUGUGGAGGCUUCUCAGGCCCCUCUGUACCUUCUUUCGUCGCCGGAUGGGUUUCAAGGCAUUGUCACUUCUCCAAGAGGCGAAGAGACCAUCCAGGCCUCUCUCGAAGCUCUUCGCGCCGCACACGCAUCCCAGACAGCGUUGAAUAACCCCCCGGGCCAUCCAACCGGGGCACACCCUAACCCGAACGCAGCAGCUAUGGGCAAUGCCGUCCGCCAGGCCAUCCUCAACCAGCGAGCAGGCGCCAAUCACGAGGGAUUCAGUCUCAGCCGGAGUAUCAGACGGCUCUGGUUAUUUGUGCGAUUGUAUUUCUUCUGCUACAUGUUCAGUGAGCCUGGUACAUGGUCCCGGGUCCUGUUUGUCUCGUUAGCUGUCCUCGCAUCUCUCCUCUCGGAGACUGGUAUCCCGCAGCAGCUGUACCGGAUGAUUGUCACCCCCGUUCAACAGCAUCUUGAAGGUCUCGUCCAUUUCCCCGCAGGCACUGGGAACAUGGGAGUAGUACCGAACCUCGCGAACCCACCCACAGAGGCUGGAAACCGGGGUCAACCCUCUCUCGUCUCUGAGUUGCGUCACAAUCUCCGGAGAGUCGAGCGGUCUCUCGCGCUGUUCAUUGCCAGCUUAGUGCCCGGGGUUGGCGAACGGCACGUGGAAGUGCGCAAUGCGGCCGAGGCGGCGCGAAAUGCAGAGCGCGCGCGGGAAGAAGAGGAACGUCGUCGCCGUGAAGAAGCCGCAAAUGAUGAAGGCACACCGGCGCAGCAACAGCCAGAGCAGCCAGAGCAAUGA